AUGGAAUCUUCCAUCAAUUCAAAUGCAACCACUGAGAGCUUGAAAGAGCUGUGGCAUUCGUUCGAGCAAGCAUGCAUCGAGUCUCUCACCGAGCCGCCGACAGAUAUUGUCGACAGAGUGGCUGCUACCCUAGAAGACGCCAUAUCCUGGCUACGAUCCCAUAGUCCCCAGGUUUUCCUGCCGCGACACAGAGGCCCCGGCAUCUGUCAAGCCCCGAAGGUGAGCUCGUCCCAGCUACCUUCAUCAUCUGAAGUAAAGUCAUUGCCCAGAGAUUGUUAUGCAAAGCAUCAUCUGAAAACAUUUUCACUGAGCAAGCUACAGAAGGAGAUCGUCUCGACUUCAGCCGGGUCGCAUCUUUUACCUGCAGGAUCACCUUUGACCCGGCCAUCCACAGACUCCAUGGACGGAAUUGAUCCUCCAUUGCCGGAAGAUCUCAUAUGGUCAAGACUGCACCAGCCAGAAAAAGUUUCGCCGAAACGAGACAAUAACCAAGGACCCUUGGAAACAGGCGGAGGCUCAGCACCACGAGAAAAUGCUCAUAUAUUUCAAGCCUGUCGGAGAAGCAUGCAGGUGUUGACACCCUCGAUCACGGACAAUCCAGGUUCCCCUGAUACUAGAGAUGGCACGGUUCCUCUCACGAUUGGAACCAGUGACGCGGCUGGCGAAGCAUAUGAAUCUCACGCACACUGCCAUUCCAGUGGCAGCCCCAUGUUGGCUGGACCAAAUGCCGGGCACGUGUGUUCAACGGGAGUAGAACCACCUGGUCGGUCACCUCGGAAUGCCGCCUGUAACGUGCAACAACCAGAAGAUCAGGAGCGCGGACAACGAGCAGGAAGACCGUUCCUGAGGGAAGAGAUCAAUGAUCCGGACGACGGCGGGGUCGAGGAAGAGGAGGAGCUCGGCACACGUUCCGCGAAUGGAAGGAAAAGAACAUGUACCAAUCGAACCUUUCACUCACCACAAAAGACGGCGAAGAUGGAGCACACUCCUGAAGGGUUGGCUGAGCGGUUUGGGACGAAUGAUCGGGGUGCGCUCAUCUCUACAUUGAGAGAAGAGUGGGAAGAUAUUACUUCUUCGCAGCUUUUAUCGGAUACGGACACGACCGCACCGAUUGGCAUGUCCCAAAGCCCCGACGUACCAAGCUUCGUCAACUUUAUCCUUCAACAAGGUCGUCAACUGGAAACGAACUCCCUGAGAGGCGAAGUCCAAAGCUUGAAGAAUCGAAUAGACUUUGCACAUUACUAUCAGCUUUACGUGGCCGCCUCCAACGAUACCCGGAAAGGCGCCGACUCUCCCUUCUUGGCCUGGAUGCGGGAGUGGUAUCGACGACGUAACAGGUCACAGUCCCUGGUGAUGAGCCGAGGCAAGGGUGCGUCUACAGUGGUCAAGGAUUGUCUUGUCGACCUUCAUCUCUCUGAUUCAAGAUUUAAGGGUGUGUCCCCGCGAAGCAUGAGGCGCAGAGUCGAAAAAUGGCGUGCCAUCGGGGGAUUUUGGUCCAAGUUGAUCGAAGGCUUUGGACCUGGCAUGUUACUUCUGGCCCCUUCCUGCGAGCCAGACUCCCGGUAA